UAGCACGAGCGACGCUGCGAAGGAGGAGUUUUCUGACUGCGUGCACGGACACUGAACGCAGCGAGUCCAGUUAUACUAAAACAGGAUGUUCUUAGUUGGCAGAAUAUAUUUGUGAAAACACAGAGUUUUCGGAUGGUGGUAGGAGAGCGCCAUGACUGAUCCAGAACCACGAUCUUCUCUGAACCGUUUCCGCUCCUUUGUCCUCUAAUCGGACUGCGGUUCACCUCAACCCAAGCGGAAUGUGGUCCAGGAGCGACUUGGAGGACUGCUGCGAAUCUCAGAAAUUAGGCGGUGCCCCCCCGGGCUGGGUCCCCGGGCAUUGUAUCCGUGAUGGGCGCAGACAGAGCAUGGUGUCUGACAGCGGGGACACAGGAAUUGGUACUUAUUGCUCAGAUAGUGUGGAAGAUGACUCCAGCUCCAGUACAACACCUCUGUCCUUCCAGCCGCUGUCCCAGCAUCACCUGAACCUGGACGAUGAUGGUAUCCCCGUUGUCCUUCCAUCUCCAUCAUCCUCGCCAGGAAGUCGUCUUAGAAUCCCAGUUUCACCCCACAGCACAGGCCACUGGAACAGGCCAUUCCACCUCCCCAUCCCAGCCACUUCUCCUGGGGAGCCACCAAGCGUUCUGGACAUGAAGGACCAUCAGCCCAUGCGGAGGUCGUCUUCCUUCACCAAACUGUCAUCAGGAGCUGAUAAGAACUCUAAGAGGACAUCCGUAGGACGGAGGUACAACCCUGAUACUCAAGGCUCCCUGGAUAGAAGCUUACUGAAGGCAUACAGAAAGGAGAGCCUGGGGUCCAACACAGAUCUGUAUCUACCUCUGUCCUCCUCAUUGAUCUGCAGCAGCCUCCUGCAGCAUUCUCCAGGAUCCAGACCUGCUUACCGGUUCCACCACAGCAGCAGAUCUUCACCUUUGGAAACAGACCUGUUGUUUUCCUCUGUUCAUUCCUCUCCCAUCAAACAGAAGAGUCUGGACAUGAACUUCAACAGUCUACCUGAAGCCAAACUGGCUCAUGCAGCUGGACAUGGCCACAGCUUACCCACACAGGUAGACUCACCUGUGGGUCAGAGAGCAGACAGAGGAUCUCCUAUCCAGCCAGCUGUUCGCACGCAGAUGUGGCUGACCGAGCAGAUGGAGUACAGGCCACCACUGGAGUAUGGGGCUGAUCCUAGUCCAAUCAACAGUUCUGGUUCAGACAGCUGCUGUGUGGAUGGGCUGUCACCGUGGCAACAGGAGCCAGGGCUUAACCAGAUGCUGAGGGGGGGCUCACUUCCUGUCAGCACCCUGGUGAAGGUGAAGGAGGGGCUGCUGAGGCAGAGAGAGCUAGAGAUCAACAGACAGAAGCAGCAGAUCUUGCAGCUGCAUUCUCGUAUCAGAGAGAACGAGCUCAGAGCUCAGCAGGUUCUGCAGAGCCAGAGAGGCCUUUUGGAUGACCCCUUCUUCCGAAACACUGAGGAGUCAGCAGCGAGGCCACCAUGUGCACACACAUCUGACAUGUUGUACUGCAAUGAGGAACUGGGAAAGAAACUAGUCCUGGCUGAACUGGAGGUUUUCCAUCUGAACAAGUUCUUCAGUCAAGUCACACAGAGAUACACAGAGGACAUCAGAAAACUGGAGGAGAAGAUAAAGACAAGGGAUCGUUACAUCAGCAGUCUGAAGAAGAAGUGUCAGAGGGAGAGUGACCAGAACCAAGAAAAACAGCAGCGCAUAGAGACACUGGAGAAAUAUCUGUCUGAUCUACCCACGCUGGACGAGGUGCAGGUCCAAUCCAAAAAGCAGGAGGAGUUACAGCAGAAAGCCAAAGAUCUGGAGGAGACCGUGUCCCGGCUACAGAAGAACCUGGAGGAAGGAUCCGCUCGGAUCAGAGAGAAAGACUUCAUGAUCGAGGUUCAGGCCAACAGAGAGAAGGAGCUGAUUGCAUCUGUGCACAGCCUGCAGGAAAAGGUGCAGCAGUGUCUGGAUGAUGGUGUGAGGCUGCCCAUGCAGGACCUAAAGAGACUCGAAGUGGAAAACAGUCAGCUGCUGCAGCAGCAGGAUCACAGCAGCAGGCUGUUCAAGCAUCAGAAAGACGAGAUUGAGAGACUGACGUCACAGCUGAUGGUAACCAGCACCAGGCUGCAGAAGAAGAGUCUUCCUCAUCAACAUCCCCGUCUGCUGGAAGAGGAGGAAGAGGAGGGAGGUUUGAUCCCACGAUCUGGAGCCUUCCUACAGGUUCAGGAUGAAGAUGUGUUGGAGCAUUGUCUUCCUCCUGCAGCGGGAACGUCAGAGGUGGACCGGCUGUUGAAGGAGAUGUCUCUGUGUCUGCUGGACCUCCAGGGUCUCUGCAGCAUCCUGGCCCAGAGAGCCCAGGGGAAGCAGCCCAACCUGUCCCUGCUGCUCGCCAUGAAAUCAUUCAGUGUCCCAGCGGAGGAGACGAGGACGGCGGCGGUGGAUGAGGCGCUGAGCAUCAAGCUCCUGGAGGUCAACCAGCUGAGGAGAGACAUUGAUGAUCUGAGGAGGAACAUCUCAGACCGAUACUCUCAGGGUGUGGACGACAGCUGCAUCACACAAUGACACCACAACCUCCUGGUUUUCCUCUGGUCCUCCUCAGAACCUCCUGGUCCUCAUCAGAGCCUCCUCAGAACCCCUUGGUCCUCCUCAGAACCCCUUAGAACAUCCCGGUCCUCCAGCGCCACGAGGAGGUUCUGUGGACCCACUGGGUCAGCAUCAUCUGGACCUCAACAAGACUUUAAGUAGAAAAGUCCUGAGAUGACCCAGAAGUGGAGUUAAUGAAGAUGGAAUGUCUUCCUCUCAUGAUUUUAGAAGUGGUCUUCAUGCUUGCUGGACUCCACAGAGCCCACCUUUAUUUUUCAUAUUAUGGCUGUUUAAAAACAUGUGAUUUCUGAUAUAGACGAUCAAUAACUGCUUCAGUCUGAAUGAAAACAUGAAUAUUGAUCCUGAUUAAAGCUCCUUCCACAAAGAUUGCAGAGGAAGAUGAAAACUGAGGAUGAAGCAGAUCAUCAUGGAGCUGUGUUUUCUACAAACACAAGCUUCCUCUCUCACUCCAACACGUCAUCUUCUGCAUGGAUGUGAUGCUGGUUACCAUGACAACCACGUUGUUGGUAGUUUGUGUUCAGACUCUGAGGGAGUAUAUUUAUAUGCAGCCGUGUUUCUACUCUUUUCUGAUUUCAUUUUAUUUGUUUGGCUCAGAAAUAAAACUAUUUU